AUGGCGGACGACCUGGAUGCGCUGCUGGACGAAGUAGAGAACAAGUUCUGCCGCCUUUCCAGGCGGGACUGCACAGAGCGGGCCCAUGCCCAUGGGAACAAAAAGCAGCGCUUCCGCGAAGAGGAAGAAGAGGCCGAAGCUAAGGCGGCCGCGGCGGAGGAGAGGGCCAGAUUUUCCAAAGUAUUGACAAAAGGUGCAAGCGAAGAAGAGGACAUAGAUGACAUAAUUAAAGAUAUAAUUGAUGAGAACAGCUGUGCUAAAAAUCUUGGGAAGCAAACAUCUAAACCAUCCAGCCCUCCAUCUGAAAAUAAUAUUACCUCCAUUCAAGUCCAGGGUAAGAGAUGUUGUCCAGUAUAUCUUGGCGGAAGCAAUACACCAUAUGGUAUUGGAACAAAUUUUUCACAGAGAGCCUGCAAUCAGUUACGUUGUACUUCAUGUGACUUCCGUGUUUCACAUUACAACGACUAUCAGUGGGAUAAAUCGUGUGAUUACCUCUUUUUCAGGAAUAAUAUGCCUGAAUUCAGCAAGUUAAAAACGAAGAUGCUUGUGAAGAAGGGGUCACGGGCCUACGCUUGUCAGUGCACUUGGAGAUCUAUAGAGGAAUUAACAGACCUCACAACAGACCGACAGCUCCGGUGGGUUUGUAGCAAGCACACUGAAUGAAGCUGUCUCGCUCAUUCAAAUGCCUGCUUCUGUAGAAGGACCAUCUUGUUCAUUGCUCAGCACGUUGUGUGAUGAAUCAAGUGUGUUCUGUGUAUAAUUAGAUCUUGUUGCUAUCCCAAACUGAGCAGUUUGCCUUGUCUGCUGUCCCCUUGUGAACUAAGCAAAGUGGGUGACAUGGUGAGAUGGAGAUCUGACAUUUCAGGUUGGUGAGAGCACUUCCAUCAAAAGCAUUAGGGCUAUUGUAGUGUUAAGAAAGGCCCUUGUGCUUAGCAGCUCCCUACACAAAUAUGAAUACAAAAGGUCUGAAGUUGAAGGGAACAAGUUCUGUAUCAUGGAACAUAUCCCGCAAAUCUGGAUGAGAAAGACUUGAAGUUAAACCAAAUGCUUGGUCUAGAACACCUAUUGUUAAGAUGGUACAUGAUGUGUUAUGGUAUCUGAACAUCUUUUUGCAUUUUGUAUAUUUCACAGAAGAGUCUCAUAAGGAGUCUAGGGCAGGAUAAUAAAGCCCUUAACUUUUCCUUCUGUUGUAUAGCAAGUUCUGAGUCAGUAUCACUCAGAAGUAUUAGCAGUAAGUAUUAGCAGUCAUAACAGCCUUGUGUGGGAGGCUGCAGCUUAGCGUAUGGAAAAGAGCAAAUAGCAAUACCAGUCUAGCAAUGGCAAGGAUAAAGGCACUCCAGCUGCAAAAUUCUCAGGCUGCCGCCUUAAAUGUACUUUGCUAGGGAAUAAGCUCAGCCAACUUACUUCCAAAGAAACAUGUAGGAUUGGGCUGCACACUGCUUAUGCCCCUUCAUUCUCUUCUCCUUUAAGGCAGCAAUCCAAUAUAGGCUUACCUGGGAGUAAAUCCCAUUGAGUUCAGUCAUUCUUGCUUGUAAGUAAAGUACAUGUGAUUGAGCAGCAAAUCAAGGAACACUGCUGCGGUUUUUUUUAACAUCAGUAGGAUGAACAUUUGAAUAAAUACACUUCAACCCUAUGAGUGUUAUUGGACCAUAACUCCCAUCAACUGUGACCAUUGGUCAUGCUGGUUGGGUCUGAUAGCAGUUCAACAUCUGCAGGUCUACAGUUUCUCCAGACUUGUGCUAAAGGAUAUGAAAAAGUCAAAUGUUUCCUGAAAUAUUGUUCAGAAUCUCUGUGGAUUAAAAGAUAUGCAUAACAUUGGGUGGAAACAUAUUCCAUACUUACCAACUGCAAGUUGCUUUCAAACUAAUCAGGAAAAGGUCUGUUUUCAUUGUUUAUAAGACAAAACAUACACUGUUAGCAUAUUUUCAAAUGUUAUGUUCAAAUCUUUAUAUCAAACCGCCAAAUAAAAGAGGUGAGGUUGUCCUGACCUCUUGUUUCCCCAGGCUUCUCUUAAAACUAAAAAAUGACCACACUGUGACAGUUGUUGAGUUGUACUGACUGUAAUUCUUGUUUAUGUGUUAUUUUUUCAGCCUUCAGUAUGUAGCAUUAAUAUGUCUCAGUAGAUUUUUCUGACACCCUGAAAGUUUAAAAGUGCAUUGUAGCUGAAACAGUUCAAGCUGGCCAAUAAUUAACAGCAUGAGUGAAUCAACAGCACAUUAGAAGAAAGAAUUGUUGUUCAUUACUGCAAUUUCAAAUAUAUCACAUCCAAACAAGUCCCACUGAUUUUGGUUGCCUUUCAUACUAUGUAAUCUGUUUAGAAUAAGAAUACAGUUUUGAUAUGCUUUCUUUGAACAUAAGUUUGCAAUCUAAAGUGUAUGUUAUAGAAAUAAUUCCCUCUGAUUUUCUCUGUAAUUAAAAGCUGUAUUCAUGGCA